AUGACUUCCCCAAGACCCGUCUUAUUGAUGCCUCCUGGGAGAAAUAAACUUAAACAUACUAUUAAAAAUAAGAGGAUUCAUUUCCAAUAUACUGAAGAAGCAUUGGCACAAGCUGUCCAGGCCAUAAGAACAGAAAAUAAAAGCGUCAGAGAGGCCUGCCGUCACUAUGGUGUCCCUCGCUCAACAGUUCAAGAUCGAAUUUCCGGCAGAUCUAAAGAACAACCUCGAAAAGUAGGUCCAGAGCCUAUACUAGGCAUUGAUGGUGAGCAAAAAGUUGUAGACUGGAUUACAGAAUUAGCCAAAUGUGGGAUUCCUGUGAGCAAAGAGAUCAUUAAUAGAAACAAUAUAAAACCUAAUAUCCCAAAAAGAAAACAAACAAAAGCCAAAGAAAGUGAUAGUGAUAUUAUAAAUACCGAUAAAGAUAUAGAAAUCAAUAUUAAGAAGACUAAAGUAAUCGAAAAGACUGAUAAAUUGAAUAUUAUAAAAAAGAUUGAUAUAAAAGAAAUAAAUAAAAUAAGUGAAGAUAAGAUUGAUAAAGAAAUGUCUCAUAAAAGUGAAACAGCUAUAGAUGUAACUAAAACCAUUCCCAGCGAUGAAACUUUUAAGAUAUACGAUAUUUAUGAAGAAGAUGAGGAUGAUCACGAAUUUGAUAUUUUU